UACUUUGCGCGCUCUAUUCAAAUUAAAUUCGUGAUUUGGGAGUGGAACGAAAUCGUUUGCCUCCGUAGUUAAAUUAAAAAAACACAAAAAUGUAAUGGCGGUGGUAUAUUUAAAAAAAUAACGGUGAUACUAAAAACUAAAAAUGUUUGGCUUUAAAAAGUCUUUGGUGCAAACAGUUAUAAUAAUUGCAUGGAUUUUGGACAGCUACACAUUUGGAAGUGUUUUUCUGAGUAAUAUUUUGGUGAUUGCGCUAUGUGCAAAUGUGUUGUUAUCUGUGCUGAUGUACGAUUAUGACUAUUGGGCGAACAGAGGGGUGUUUUCGCCCCCUGCUUUGCCGAUAGUUGGUCACAUCGGAUCUGUGGUGGCGGGGAAAGAGCAAGGAGGCGUAUGUUUCCAAAGGAUUUAUAAUGCUUAUAAGGAUAAAAAGUUUUUUGGUAUCCACCAGUUCUACAGACGCACGCUCGUCGUGUGCGACCCCGAGCUGAUCAGACGGGUGUGCGUCAACGACUUCAUGCAUUUCACUGACCGAGGAUUCUUCUUCGACAAGAAGCUUGACCCUCUGGCUGAGUCAGUGCUGUACCUACGAGGCAACGAAUGGAAGAGGCUACGGGCGAAAAUAUCUCCAAUUUUCUCACCUAUCAAAUUAAAAGGAAUGUUACCUCUAAUUGAAAACACAGCGAAUGAGUUCGUAUUACGAAUAAAGAAACUUGUAAGCGAAUCCAACGUAUCUUAUAAACGAGAGAGUGAAGAGUGUAAUAGAGUUAUAUCAAAUGAUAAAAAAAGGAAUAAUAGACAUGAAGAAGUUAAUAAUAAUCAAGAAUAUGGCACUGAGUUACGUAAAGGAGACAAAAUUAGAAACGGAAAGUUUCUUAUAAUAAAAUCAGAUAAUAUAAGUCCAGCAGAACAUAAUAAAAUUGAUGAGAAUUAUAAAGAAGAUUCAUAUGUAAAGAGCAAUUGCAAUCAAAAGCUAAAUGGAGAGAAUAUAAAUGGAUUAACUCAAGAAGAUACGUAUUAUUUAAAGAAUAAUAAACAAGGAGGCUGUUGUAAAGAGGAACAAAUUGAGUCAAGCCAAGAAUAUAACUUAGUAGAUAGUAAUAAAGAAUUUUCUAGAAUAGUGGACUCAGAUGAACUAGUGGGUGGUUAUACUGCUGAUGCGAUAGUGCCGUGUGCGUUUGGUGUCAAAAGUCACGUGAUGGAUAACCCCCAAGAUCCCUUCGCGGUAGCGCUGCGAGCAUUCUAUGAAUUGACGUUUGCCAAUAUUUUUGAAAAAACCAUGCGGCACUUGUGGCCAGCGUUCGUGCUGUUCUUCAAAAUACGCAUCAUUCCCAAAAAGACUCACGACUUCUUCUACAACAUUGUCUGCAAUGUCAUUAAGGAGAGACAAAAUGGUGCGCAGGAAAAGCGAGGCGACUUCAUAGACAUGAUGAUGGCGUUGCAGAGCGAAGACAAAAAUGUUACUGACAAGGAAAACGACUUUAUGAUCACGGACAUGAUAAUAGCAGCCAACGCGUUCAUUAUAUUCCUCGGUGGUUACGAAACAACUUCCUCGACCCUGGCUUUCCUUUUCCUGGAGCUGGCAGCGCACCCGGAAGUGCAGGAGAAGAUGAGGAAAGAGAUCGUACAAGUGUUGGAGAAGCACGAAGGGAGAGUGAGCUCUGAAGCGCUGCAGGAUCUGAGCUACAUGGACAUGGUAAUCCAAGAGACACUUCGCCUAUAUCCGCCAUUUCCUACCAUACAGCGUAUGUGCACCAGAGACUACACCAUCCCGGGGACGAAAGUGGUGGUGCAAAGUGGUACCAUCGUGGUGUUCCCAACCAUGGGGCUGCAGAGAGAUGAACUGUAUUUCGAGAACGCGUCCAGCUUUGUGCCCGAGCGCUGGCGGUCAACAAACGCGCCGCCGCCGCCGGGUGUGUACGCGCCCUUUGGCGACGGACCCAGAUAUUGUAUUGGUAAAAGAUUCGCCAUAAUUCAAAUGAAGACCUGCCUGGUAAAGCUGCUGCCACACUUGCGCAUCAGUCCCGCGUCGACUGCGGCGCGCACGCAACCGUUCGCGGUCGACCUGCGCACGCCGAUGACCUUACAUCCGGCCGAUUCUAGAGUCAGAAUCAGUUUAUUAUGAUAGAUGAGGUAUACUAACUAACCGAGCAAACCGAUGUCGUAGAAUUUAGUUACCUACGAACCCAUUUGCAGGAUCUUUAGGUAAUUCGAGAACUAUAGAAACGUUAAAAAAUAGUUGGAAAAUCCAAAAGUGCACGCCUCAUAAUCUCAUUCAUUACAAUAAAAUUGAGAUUAUUUGUAAAUAAUAAUUAAACUACAUCUAAUUAUACCGUGAAAAGUAAUAGGCUUCUAUUCCUCUAAAUACUGAAGCCUAUAAAAUAAAAACCAACUCGAUAAGUGAAGUAUUUCGCUCGUUAUCGUAACCAAAAGUUACGCGAUCCGCACAUAGAGACACACGGACGUCUAAGACAGAACUUUGUAAACAAUUUUUUAAUAAGUUUAAAUAAUAAAAAGAGAUUUGAAAAUAUCAUGAGUGUUAAAAAUAGUGUUUUACUUAACAUUUGUCUUCACUUUUACUUAUAUAUACAUAUAUAAUAAACUAGUAAACUACCAGGUUCAAUUGUGUUUUCAAACCAUUGAACCAAACACACAAGAUUGAUCCAGUUCGGUCCAGCCUUUUAGAUUAAAAUAGGCGUCAAACACACGUACAGAAUAGUUAAAAUAUGGUUUAAGGUUUACAUUUGUCAGAAGAUGUAAGGUUAAUCUAUUUUAAUAUUUUAAACUUAUUCCUACUGUGGAAAAUAUGUUCAAAGUCACCAUAAAUAUUUUAAACUAAUGAAAUAAUUAACAAAAACGUUUUAUUGAUGUCGAAGUCAACAAUGUUUGUACGGUGUAGGUAUGUAUAAAGCAGAUAAACAUUAAAUACUUUUUGAUGCAAAACUAACUACUAUUAUUGGGAAUAGUUUAAUAAUUAAUACAUACGCCAAACUAUUGAUAUAUAAUUAAAGUAAAUGUAUCAUAAAGGUUGUUACAUUAAUAAAAAAGACUCCAAAUCAUUUUAAAUGGAUAAGAACGUUAGACAUAUUUUUGCAAUUAAGGUAUUGUUGUGAUAACUGU